AGAUUUUACCAUCUUUCUGGUACUUUAAUCAUGGUUUACAGCUGGUAGGGUGCAUCGAUCCUCGUAUAGUUUGUGAAGAAUAAAGGUGAGAGGCUGCAUUGUAAAUGUGGGUGAACAUAUCAAUGGCCUCUACUUUUGUUUUUUCUCUUUCCUACUUUCCAUGGUAAUGUAGCGGGGUGAUCACAGGCACUUUUUCAGUUUUUUGAAGCAAGGGGAAGAUUUAUGCUCUUCCUUGCUCUGCAAAAAUUACAUUUUGAGUCUGCUCAACUGUCAAAUAUUACAUACAGUGUAAUUAAGAGAUGUAAGUGUUGCUAUAACAAGCAAGCCUUUGAGCGAACCUUGUUGGAGUUCAGUGGGUGUUGUCAAAUUUCCCACCCUUUUCUCCCUCUGCUUAAUCCUGUUAUAAGGUGCAAAUAGAGGUGUUCAUAUGCAUGCAUAAUUCAUGGCGUGAUCUGUCAGGAGAAUGUGGCCUCUUCUAUUCUAUGCUAUCCAGGCAGAUAGGACUCUUGAAUGUCUCACUCGAGUACUCAGCGAAUCUUGAAUGUGUGAGGUAUGCAGGGAGGACUUACUCACCAACGCGAUCUCGAAUUCGUGCCAAUUUUUUCAGGACUAAUAAAUUAGCAUCUACAAAACGGAGCUGGUCAGAGACUAUAUCCUAAACAAUACUGAAGCAAACCAAGCACUCUACAGGAAAAUUGAUCAAGUGUUCUCGGAAAAUUGCUUCCGAAUGAUCUAAAUUCUUCCCAGUACUGGAAGAUCCUUUAGGAUCCUCCAAUGUAUUCGGAAGGAUGAUCACUGGGAAAUUGAGUUUUUAACUGAAGAUGACAAUCACUGGGAAAGGGGAAUGCAGUAUUAUAAAUGCUUCUAAUGUAAGAGAGCUAACUUUGGAGUUCAUGUAUAAAAAUUGCAAAAUGUGAGACAAAAUGCUUGAAUUUUCUCCUGCAAAGAACACACGCGUCGUUGUCAGGUGUAACACUGUUAAAAACUUCUAUUAAAGAGAAAUUGAUGAAGAAAACGAAGGAAGCUCAUUUCAGUUUUCAAGACUGUUUAGAGUGAUGACCAAUGUCUUUUCGACUGUCUGCACAAUUCCAUAUGCCUUCCUUUUCCACAGCAAAUCGGCACCAUAAAGUCCAUAAUCACUCGAUUCUCCUCUCUCUCACAGGUGGUCAAGGGGCCAACUUUUAGAGUUACCAAACAGCAAACCCCCUGUUAAAUUGUUCGUUUUGCCACUGGCGUUUAGGGAAUCUCAAUUUGUUCAUUUGUGAUUAUUGACAUGGCAAGGAUGUCUGUGUUUGGAUUCUGGGCUCUGAUCCUCCUUGCUGGAACUGCCUGUUUGUCUUCCACUUACUCGUCUUCUCAUGAUUUGAAUUUCCCCAAUGCUACAACAUCAUUCAAAGAACCAAAGGAGGGAUGCUAUAGUCAGCGCAUUUCUAGUGAAGAGAUUCAGAAGGACAACAUAAAUAUGGAGGGCUAUAGCAAGAUCGAUCCAACUCCGAAAUCUACUGCCACCAUAGUAUCCAGACCAAUCGAGCAUGGCACUCUUCUCAUACCUUACAUUCCAGGACCAACACUGCUGGAUCACCCGAAGCAAGGCAGGUUCAAAUCACCUCCUUCGCCUGCUUAACCAUUUUAUCACCAGCCAAAAACAAGUGCUUACAUCAGACAUGGUAGUUUUGAAAUACGGAGCUAUUUCAAAGUUGAGGUUGUUUUCUGAAGUCUCUCACAUCAGGUAGUCAGCAUCAUAAGCUGUCCUUAGUUUGUUUGCUUGAAUGAUGAAAUCUUAAAGGCAGACUUAUAUAUCGCAUCGUUGCAAAAUUACUUGUCUAAUGCUUGUUUUUGGCUUUUUGGUACAAAAGGAUGAUCUACUUACCAAUUCCGAAAA